AUGCUACAUGCUCAUCAAAUAAGAAGAACGUUUUUGAGGUAUAGGUACAAUUGUCGGUGUGCCAUUAGGUUUAAUUCUAGCUGCCAUUGGUUUUUUGCUACUGAUGUACCUAAGAGUGACCCAUAUCAGGAUUCGAAUGAAGAAGAGACUAGAGAACCUACCAAAUUCAUCGCAUUUUCAAAAAACGACUCAGACAGGAUUGAAAAACUAUACCAACAGACGCCAAAGAAAGACGAGAGAAGAAUAAUUCCUGUGAAGGAGGACUACCUUUUCAAUGUUGAUGUAGAUCAGCUUGAAUUACGGCCAUCUUAUUGGAAGGGGCCUACUUAUGAUAUACGACGCGGGCUUUGGUUUAAUUCAUUGAACCAACCUCUAAAUCCUGAUCUGGCUGCCGAAAUAGAGGAAAAAUUUAAAUCAAUCAAUUUUGAAGAAUUAGAGACAACUAAUGAUGAGAACAAGAAAAGCAAGGAAUUUCAGGAUAUUUUUAAGCUAAGUGCACCCUAUAAGGAAGGCAAAUUCGUACUAUUUGUUGACAAAAAUGUUGCUUUCCUAUUACAAGAUGUGGAUGGCGGUGAGUUUCAAAUUAAAUUCUUAAGGUCCAAUAUUGGACAGAGUAUACCGAUCAAUGGGAUGAAAAUCACCCGUGGCUAUGAUUCGAAACACGGGACAUCAAUCUCAGAGCGUGUGAAGAACCUUGUUAAGGAAAAAGAGACGAGUACGUCAAAGCCAGAAUCUAAUAAAAAUGAUUCAACAUUGGGCAAACUGGGGUCUCUAUUAAGUUUUGAAUCAAGUUCAGGUAUACUUUCAAGACUUGCGGGUGCCAUCUCAGAUACAUCCGAUGCCACAACGGAUAAUGACAAUAAGAAGCAGUAUAUGAAAAAUGAAAUGGAACACGAUUACUAUGAUGAGGAAUCAACAUCAUCAGAAAGUAAAGAUAAGAAUACUAUAAACGAUCGAGAAAUUAAUCAUCUAGUAUUAUGUGUACAUGGUAUUGGCCAAACUUUAGGUAAAACCUAUGAGUAUGUCAAUUUUGUUCACACUAUUAAUCUUCUGAGAUCGAAUAUGAAAAAGCUUUACUCGGCAGCUGAUGAUCUAAAGAAUUUAAACAAACUUAAUCGAUAUAAAGAUUGGCAGUCAAAUUCAAAUGUACAGGUUUUACCGAUUACCUGGAGACACUCCAUAACGUUUCAAACAGAUAGAAAUGGCCCUAACCUAGAAAGUCCAUUAUUGCCAACUUUAGAUGAAAUUACUGUAGAUGGCAUUGUACCAUUUCGUAAGCUAAUGGCUGAUGGAAUUUUUGAUAUUUUACUAUAUUGUGAUCCCUACUACAAAAAAAUGAUAAAAGCUGAAGUAACAAAACAACUCAAUACCGUAUACAAAAGAUUUGUCAAGUUCAAUCCCAAUUUCAAUGGUAAGGUACAUCUGGUUGGCCACUCCUUAGGGAGCAUGAUAUUAUUUGAUCUGCUAUCUAAUAAAAAAGACUACAAAUUAGAAUUUGAGGUUGGAAACUUUUUUGGAAUUGGAUCACCUAUUGGAAUAUUAAAGUUGAUACAAAGAACAAUGGUUGGCCAAAAACAGAUUCUCGAUGCAGAUCAUAAUGUCAACUUCCAACUGCCGGAAUGCCAAAACUACUAUAAUAUAUUCCAUGUCUGCGACCCUGUUGCAUACAGAGUAGAAUCUUUGGUUGAUAGAAGAAUGGCAGAAUAUGAGCACACUUAUGUUCCACAUUGGUCUGAAAGUGAUGGAAUUGCAUCAAAGAUGCUCGAAAUGGGUGGUAAUAUCUUAAAAGAAAUCCCAUUAAAUUCAAUGAUAACAGAAAAAAAUGAAGAAGAAAAUACUUCAAAAUCUUCCACCGGUACGCAAUACAAGCUACCAGAAGAACUGAAAUCUAAAUUACUGAAACUAAACUACUCAGGACGUAUUGAUUAUGCACUCAGAAGUGGUAUACUGGAUAUUGAUAUUUUAUCUGCCUUAAGCUCACACGUAUCUUAUUUCGAAGAACCUGACAUUGCUGGCUUCUUAUUAAAAGAGAUCCUCGCUGGACAUAAGCCAGUUGAACAAGUCACAGUAACCAAAUCGAAACUUUUCAAACCCAAAUCUAAUACUGUAUAG